AUGCGCGCACAUCGGGCACCCGGUGGGUUUGUCGCUCCUCGUGCGGUUGCACACCUUCGCCCUCCACACCACGCGAUCAAGGUGGCCGCGGGGACGCCGGACCCGAUCGUGACGUUCCAGCGCGCGCCGUUUCCGAAGAAGCUCAUCGCCGCGUUGCUGAAGCAAGGCUACGCGUCGCCGACGCCCAUUCAAGCGCAGGCGUGGCCCAUCGCGGUGACCGGGAGAGACGUCAUCGCCGUCGCCAAGACGGGCAGCGGCAAGACGUGCGCGUUCCUCCUCCCCGCGCUGUCGCGGAUAAUGAAGACCGGCGCGUCCGCGGCGCCGGACAUGGAGAUGGUAGACGGCCGACCGGCGGCGGUGGUCCCCGCCGCGAUCGUCCUCGCGCCGACGCGCGAGCUCGCCAUACAGAUCGGCGACGAGUGCGCGAAGUUCUGCCCCGCCGCGGGCGCGAAGACGGUGACGCUGUACGGCGGCGCGUCCAAGGGGGACCAGCUGAGGGCGCUGCGAGGCGGCGCGGACAUGAUCGUCGCGACGCCCGGACGACUGAUCGAUUUCCUCGCGCCGCCCCCCGGGUUUAGCGCGCCGGUCAGCGCGAAGAAUGCAAAGUACGUCGUGCUGGACGAGGCGGACAGGAUGCUGGACAUGGGGUUCGAGCCGCAGAUCAAGAAGAUCCUGAAGCUGUGCCCGGACGCGAGGCAGACGCUGAUGUUUACCGCGACGUGGCCGGAGGCCGUGAAGAAGAUUGCGGCACAGUUUACGAGCGCCGACGCGGCGCACGUUCGGAUCGGCGACGGCGGCGAGCGGCUGACCGCGAACAAGUCGAUCACGCAGACCGUGGAGAUCAUCGACGAGGAGGAUAAGCUGCGGCGCGCGAUCGAGGUGUUGAAGGCGGAGCUCGUGGACGGGAAGAGAGGGAUCGUGUUCUGCGGCACGAAACGACGGUGCGAUUUCAUCGACCGAAAGAUUAAGCCNGCAACUUGCGAAGCGCGGGGGCGAUUCACGGGGAUAAGGACCAAGCCGAGCGCGAGGAAGGCGCCGCUGCUGGUCGCCACGGACGUCGCCGCGCGAGGGUUGGACAUCCCCGGCGUCGCCGUCGUCUUGGUGUACGACUUUCCGCUUCAGACGGAAGAUUACGUCCACAGAAUCGGACGCACCGGUCGCGCGGGGCUCACGGGCAAGGCGCACUGUUUCUUCACGAGCGACAACGCGCAUCAGGCGAAGGAGCUCGUGCAGAUCUUGCAGGGCGCGGAACAGGAGAUCCCGGAGGUGCUGCUGGAGAUGGCGGAGCGGCAGCGAGGAGGGAAGGGAGGGAGAGGAGGGGGACGAUUCGGCGGGGGCGGGGGUCGAUUCGGCGGUCGCGGGGGACGAUUCGGCGGCGGCGGCGGGCGGUUCGGCGGCGGAAGAGGCGGGCGGUUUGGCGGCGGAAGGGGCGGAGGACGCGGCCGCGGGAAGUGGUGA